AUGAGAGAUCCCAGAACAUCGAAGCGGAGAAGGGUCUCCGAAGAGCCUGCUCACGACGAUGACGGAGAUAUCGCCAUGGAAAGCGACGGCGACGCCUACUCAGCCCCAUCCUCCCCCGAGCCUGACGCGGACUCCGACGAAGAUCAGGACUACCGCGGUCCCCGCAGACAAGCCUCGCGGCGUCAAUCCACCCGCGGUAGAAAGAGCAACGUGCCAGACGGUUUAGAUGCGAAUGAAGCAGACACGCCGAGAAGCACACGGGCAAGUGGGCGGCAGCGCAAAGCACCGCAGAGAUUUGAAGAUGAUGCCCCCACAACAUCCUCGGCGCGGAGGUCUACCGCUACCCCUAGAAGCGCUCGUGGGGCCAGGAGCGCACAGAGGUCGAGACGGGGAUCUGGAGAGGAUAUUGGGGUGGAUGUCGCUGAGCAGUCUCUGAAGCCAACCGGGUCAAUUGCUAGGACAAGGUCCCGGAGGAGUACGGCCCAGCUGAAGUCCUACGGUGCUAAUGGGCAUGAUGCCGAAGGGCAGGAUAGAGACCUAUCUCCUUCGUUAGAAGGAUACAAUGACGGCCUCGACGACCUGGUUGCAAUGCAACUGCAACAAGGCCUACAAGACAAGGAAGAAUCACACGAAGUCGCGGAGACAGUGGAGCCUCUCCCUAAGUAUGCGGAGAAGCUACAAGCCCUCUGCCAAGCGGAUCUGCAAGACGAAGUCCGUACUCUCACGACGGUGUUGCUCGAGAAGCUAUCCGGAAAGCGGCGAAUUCCCCUCAAGGGUCUUGAGAGCGAAUAUAUCAAUAUCAACCACUGGAUCGAACAGACCGUCACCGUCGGCGAAGGCAACUCCAUGCUUCUCCUCGGGUCACGCGGUUCCGGCAAAACAGCAGUCGUUGAAACGAUCCUCUCGUCUCUUGCAAAGGAGCAUGGCAACGACUUCCACGUUGUUCGGCUGAAUGGUUUCCUCCACACGGAUGAUCGGCUCGCUCUCCGGGAAAUGUGGCGCCAGCUUGGUCGUGAGACGCACACUGAAGACGACGCAGCCAAGGUCAGCUCCUAUGCUGACACGAUGGCUACCUUGCUGGCUCUUUUGUCCCACCCCGAAGAGCUAUUCGGUGCCGGCAAUGGGGAGAAGAUGACCGCGGCCAAGUCCAUCGUCAUACUCUUGGACGAGUUUGAUCUUUUUGUGACCCAUCCCCGACAGACCCUGCUCUACAACCUGUUUGAUAUUGCUCAGGCCCGCAAGGCCCCUAUUGUGGUCAUUGGGCUUACUACCAAGGUCGAUGUCACUGAGAUGCUGGAGAAGCGCGUUAAGAGUCGAUUCAGCCACCGUUAUGUCUACAUCCCGCUCCCGCGGACAUACGAGAUUUUCGCGGAUAUCUGCAUGGCGAGUUUGGAUCUUGAUGAGAACGAGGUCCAGGAGCUUGCAGAAUCACUUGGGUCCGAGCGAGUAAUCACCGGUACCGCUGGUUGGAAAACACUUCUCGAGGGAUGGAAGGAAUACUUGAAGGCAAGCAUGCAUAUCCAAUCCAAAUUACCGAGCAUCCAUCUAUUCGAUGACAAAGACUUUCAACUCCACCUAAAGAAGAUCUACCACCAGACCAAAUCCGUAAAGGAAUUCCUGACCAGUGCGCUCCUUCCCAUUAGCGAGCUCCAACUCAGCACCCAAGCCGCCGACAAGCCCGCUUUGCAAAUUCCAACGCCCAAGAGCUUCAUCUCCCAAUCCCUGGCCUGCCCAGACCCAGCGCCUCUGCCCUUCUCAACCUCCAUCACCGCAACCUCCAGUCCCUCAUCCCUUCCCCUAGCCCUUCUUCUCGCUGCCACCCGCCUGGCCGCCCUCUUCGACCCAGGCAACGACGGCGCCCAAACCCACAGUGUCGCGCCGCUAGCCCUCUCUUUCUCUGCUGCGUACGCGGAAUACGUGCGCCUGCUCACCUCUGCCAAGAUAUCGGCCUCGGUGUCCGGCGCAGCGGCCACGCCCGGCCGCGUCUGGGGCCGAGACGUGGCGCGGGAGUCGUGGGAGAAGUUGGUUUCGUGGGGCCUUGUCACGCAUGUAGGCAGUGGCAGUGGCACAGCCGAUGGGCAGAUGUUCCGUGUGGAAAUUAGCUUUGAAGAGGUCGUUGAGAUGGCGGGGACGGGGAGCUCGUUGGGGCAAUGGUGGCGAGAGUAA